GCCCAGCAUGGAGGCUCCUCCUGCUGGAGGAUUAUAAGGCAAAUGUCGGGGCGGGACGGAACCACUGGGGGAGUUCUGCAGAGGGGUCACAAACACACAGGACGGAUCCGCAGAGCGCGCACUGCAGCACGGCAGUCAACUUCCAAACAAGCCCGCCGGUUUGGUUGUUGUUGUUUUUUUUUUUUCUUUACCCCCCCGCCCCCCUUACCCGGAGAAACUUUUUAUUUGUCGUUAUAAUCAUGAGCACGGCUGUGGUGUCGCCUUUUUUCGAUUUCGAAGCCAUGAACAAGAACAACAAGCUGCUCAGCUACAACAGCAACUUGGGUUCCCAACACCCGGUGACGGUGCCCAACGCGGCCAUCCCCAGCCCCGCCGGAGCCCUGCUGGACAGGAAGGCGGUGGGCUCGCCGUCAGUGGGAGGCGUGUACCAGCGGCGGCACUCUGUCAGCAGCACCAAGUUCAACCAGAACCAGUUCCUCAACAGCCUGAAGGCGGCCGAGCACUCGGGGCUUAUUUCCGGCGCCAACAAGGAGAACCGCAUGCGGGACCGCUCCUUCUCCGAGACGGGCGAGCGGCUCCUCGGCAAGUGCCUGGGCCCGGCAAGCCCCACGGGCGGCCAAGUGAACUCCAGCCGCUACAAAACGGAGCUGUGCCGCCCCUUUGAGGAAAACGGCGCCUGCAAAUACGGCGACAAGUGCCAGUUUGCCCACGGCAUCCACGAACUCCGCAGCCUGAGCCGCCACCCCAAGUACAAAACGGAGCUGUGCCGCACGUUUCACACCAUCGGCUUCUGCCCGUACGGCCCCCGCUGCCACUUCAUCCACAACGCGGAGGAGCGCCGCGGACCCCCUGUGAAGUCGUCGCCCCCUUCCGGCGAAAUGGAGCGCCCCCGCCUGCAGCACAGUUACAGCUUCGCCGGCUUCUCCAGCUCGGCGGGGCUCAGAGACAGCCCCACUUCCGUCACCCCGCCGCCCAUGUUCUUCCCCGACGAGGUCCCCGACUGGCCCAGCAGUAACCCCUUCACUUACUCCAGCCAGGAGCUCGCCAACCUCUUUGGGCCGAGUCUGGGCACCGGGCCCGCGGGCCCCGACGCCGGCAACCCGGCGCCCCCGUCCCCGACCGGCACGCCUCAUUACUUCAGACCCAUGUUGGAGUCCCCUCACAUGUUUGAGUCCCCGUCCAGCCCUCCGGACUCCCUCUCGGACCAGGAGGGCUACCAGAGCAGCUCCGGGGGCAGCCUGAGCGGCUCCGAGUCGCCCACCCUCGACACCACCCGCCGCCUGCCCAUCUUCAGCCGCCUUUCCAUCUCCGACGACUAAACGGCGACGCCUUAUCUUUACACGCCGAUUUGUUGUUUGUUUUUUUUUUUUUUGGUUUUGACGCACGAGGAGAACGGCGGCGCGCCCCCCUUUCUACCUCCCGCCGAGCCCCUCGCGGGCGGCGUCGCUUCCUCGUCGGUGCCACGAGGAUGUAGCGGGUCGAGGGGAGCGUCGGCUAGUCGGCUAAUCAUUUCACCCCCUCACCGCUAAUCUGCACAAAGCCUUUUUUAUUUUGAUGUAGGAACGCCAGAGUACCCCGCCAUGUGUCAUAGUGCCAAAAACGAAAAAACGCCGACAGGAAAUGGACACGUAAAAAAAAAAAAUCACGAUGUUUUUUUUUUUUUCAAGUGCCGCUUGUUUUUUUUUUUUUUGGGUUCUUUUUCAUCGUUUUUUGCGCUUGAAUGUGUAGCAGCACAAGUGGCCUUGGACAAGGGGAGUGAGUUGCACUAGCCACCCCCACACCGCCGCCCCCCCGCCCCCGGCCCCUUUUCUUGGAGUGAGCGAGCUUGCUCGUUAACGACACGGAACAAAAAAGACGAGCCUGAAAAGAUAUCAAUAGUUUUUUUUUUUUAAGUCAGCGGCAGGAGUUCAGAAGAAAAAAAAAAGUGCCUGUGGGGGGGUGGGUGGAUGAUGGGGGUGCGUGUUUCCGGGUGAAUGGACUACUGUCCCCCGCCUCCCCUUCCCCCUCAAAUAGUGUCUUAUGUAAUUGUGAUCUGGGUGAGUCUGCAGGAAGGACUUUGAACUGGAAGUUGGUCACCCCAGCCCCCGGCCCCCGCCCCCCUGGCCCCCCUCCACCACCUCCGCCCUCUCUUUCAUCCUGUUGCUGGUCACUGGCUUUUUUUUUUUUUCCCGGGAACUUACCUGUAAGUGGCCCCGCCCCCUUCCCUUGUGACUUGACAUGAUUGGAUCUCCGAGCUAUUUUUUUUUUGUUAUUGAUGUUGCCUCCCCGCCAUCUUUUUUUUUCUCUUUAUUUGAUAAUUAUUUUUUAUUAAUGUUAUUAUUAUUAUUACGGUUAUUGUUGUUUAAAGAACUUUCCAGACAGAAGGUUUCGCUUGUCACUGCUUAUUUAACUUAUCAGAACAUAUUUAUUGGUGAUCAUAUGCAUUUUUUUUUGUUUAAUUUUUUUUUUGUGUAUUUAUCUGGAUAAUGAACAAUAGAAUAUAUUUUCUUUUAUGUUAAAUUAUGAUCUUCCAUAUUAAUCUAAAGAUUGUGAAGACAUUUGUCGUUUUUGUUUUUUUUUGUCCCCCCUCCCCCUUUUCUCCACAGUUUAAUAUAUUGUACUUAUUUUGUUCUGCAACUACACUUUUUUUUUGUCAAAAUUAAUUUAAAGCGAGAAACUGCGACAAAAAAAAAUGCUUUUUUUUGAUUAUUUAUUUCACGUCUUCGUUUGUGCUCCCUGGAAACUGCAAUUUUUUUCUCCCCCCCCCCCCCCCUUUUUUUUUUUUUUUUUUUUUUUCUUCUCACGUCUCUCCGACUAGUCGUCGUUAUCACGAUAUUAUUCCAGUACUUUCUCCGCUCCUGGCUGGACGGUAGAAGUAACUUGGGUGCUUUUAAGAUAUUUUUUUUGUUGUUUUUUUUUGGUUCCACCCAGUCUGCUGUGACCAAAUGGUUCGAUCCCCCCCCCUCAACAAACUUGACUAUUAAAGUGCCUCUUUUGAAUACAUUCCAGGUAGCAAAGGCUUAGUGCCUUUUUAUAUUGGAUCAUGGAGGACUUUUUGGUUCCCCCGUUUGCCUUUUUGGAAAAAAAAAAAAAAGGGGGGGUGAGUAGAUUUUGGGGUUUUUUUGAACAAAAAAGUUUAAAAAGAAACUGAAUGUAUUUUUCCAGCCAUGUUUGUUCACUACAGUACUUUCUGUGAGUUUAUAUGAAAGCCUGUUGGGUUUUUUUCCCCUUUUUUGUAAGUAUUGAUUGCAGUUAAAAGUCAAUAAACCCUGUAUUUUUGGAAAAGUUAAAA